AUGGCUGUGGCCUCGUCGGCGUUGGACGCGGUGGCGGCUCUCUUCUCGCUGAUCAUGGCCGUGGCGGCGCCGCUGUUCGACUCCCAGGUCGUCCUCCUGCUGAGCCUCUACCCGCCGCCGCUGGUGGACGUGUUCCGGUGGUUCAUCGCCGAGUUCGACAACCACAUCGUGGCCGACCGGCCGCCUUUCUUCCGCGGCCUCGUCUGGCUCGACCUCGACUUCCUCUGGCCGGUCAGCGUCGCCAACCUCUACGGCAUCCUUGUGCGCCGACGCUGGUCCGCCACCACCUCCCUCAUGGCCGGUGUCUACAUGCUCACCUAUCUGGUAAUAUAG